AUGUCUUCCAACGAAAUCAACGUCGAUGUGCUGGUCAUCGGAGCCGGUCCUACUGGCCUCGGUGCUGCUAAACGGCUCCAGCAUCUGGAUAGUGUGUCUUGGCUCAUUGUUGACUCGAAUGAAACGCCAGGAGGCCUUGCAUCUACCGACACUACCCCGGAGGGCUUCCUAUUUGAUGUCGGCGGACACGUCAUCUUCUCCCAUUACAAGUACUUCGACGACUGCUUGAACGAGGCCCUCCCCGAACCAACGGACUGGUACGAACAUCAGCGAAUCUCCUACGUCCGUUACCAGGACAUCUGGGUUCCGUACCCAUUCCAGAAUAACAUUGCGGUACUUCGUAAGGAGGAACAAGCGAAAUGUUUGGGCAGUCUCAUUGACGCUGCUCUCGAAGCCCGCGUUCGAACUCCAGCUGAUAAGCCGAGCAACUUUGACGAUUGGAACAUUCGAAAUGUUGGCGAGCGUUUGAAUGAGAUAUUCAUGCGGCCCUACAACUUCAAGGUCUGGGCUGUCCCGACGACAAAGAUGAACGCGACGUGGGUUGGAGAGCGAGUUGCUGCUCCCAAUCUCAAAUUACUUACCACCAACGCGAUUCUCAACAAAGUCGCCGGUAAUUGGGGCCCAAACGCCACAUUUCGUUUUCCCGCAGAGGGUGGCACAGGCGGCAUCUGGACUGCCGUAGCCAAAACACUGGACAGUGCUAAGACUCGUUUCGGUGAUCAUGGAGCAGUGACCAAGGUGGAUGCAGACUCCAAGACUGCCCAUCUGAAGGAUGGAACCGUUGUCAAAUACGAGACACUCAUCUCUACCAUGGCCAUCGAUCACUUGGCAGAGGCAAUGAGCGAUACAAAGCUUCAACAACUAUGCAAGCCGUUGUUCUACUCUUCUACUCAUGUGAUUGGUGUCGCCGUUCGUGGACAGCGUCCAGAGCGCAUUGGUGACAAGUGCUGGCUAUACUUUCCUGAAGACAACUGCCCCUUCUACCGUGCCACAAUCUUCUCCAACUACUCCCCUUUCAACGUACCGGAUGAAGAGGUCAAGCUUGCAACAAUCCAGUUGGCCAAUGGUCAAGAACCCACUUCGUCCGAGUCGCAGCCCGGGCCUUAUUGGUCUAUCAUGCUCGAAGUAUCGGAGUCUACGUACAAGCCCGUCAACCACGAGACAUUGCUCCAGGAGACUAUCGAAGGUCUCAUCAACACAGAGCUGCUGAAAGGCGAGGAUGAGAUUGUCAGCACUUACCUUCGUCGUUUCGAUCACGGAUACCCUACUCCUACUCUUGAGCGUGAUGGUGCCUUGGCUGAAGCGCUUCCUUACCUGUACGACAAGGACAUUCUUUCUCGAGGUCGUUUUGGGGCCUGGAAGUACGAAGUUGGCAACCAGGACCACAGCUUUAUGCAGGGAGUUGAAGCUGUCGACCACAUUGUCUCGGGGGCUGUAGAGCUUACCAUAUCCAACCCUGACUUUGUGAACACCCGCGCCAAUACUGAGCGCCGCCUCGGUAAGAUGAAAGGCCUCCGGAACUAG